AUGCUCCUUUCAGUCCAACCCGCUUUGCUCUGCAUAGCAUGGGCAGUCGCUGCCUUUGCUCAAGAUGUUGUCGACGACAUGUCCUUUGGUCACAAGCAGGGCAUAUCCCCAAAUUCUUUCGCUAUUCCCGGCUGGUCGAUGCUGGGUGAAGGGCACGUGCCUCAACUGCUAUCCGACAAAGUUAUACUUACACCUCCCUACGGAGGCCAUAAAAGAGGAUGUCUGUGGACGGAGAGGGCCAACUCAUUGGAGAACUGGUCGAUCGACUUCAAGUUCAGAGCAGGUGCACCUGAUCGAGGAGGUGGCAACUUACAGCUAUGGUAUGCCGCAAAUGGAGAAAAACAAAUCAGCACCUCGAGCAUAUAUACCGCUGGCAAGUGGGAAGGCCUGGCUAUUGUCAUUGAUGUUGUGGGAGGCACCCAGAAGAUUCGAGGGUUUCUCAAUGAUGGCUCCAGGGAUUACAAAACUCAUACAAAUGUCGACAGUCUGGCGUUUGGCCACUGCGACGCCAUUUACCGCAAUCUGGGUCGUCCUUCUAUUCUCAAGCUCAAAUAUACGACUAAUGGAGGUCUUGAGGUCCUCAUCGACGGUUCGACAUGUUUCUCGACUAAUAAAAUCACCCUUCCCACCAACUAUUACUUUGGUGUGGCAGCCUCUUCCUUCGAUCCCCCUGAUUCGUUCGAAGUCUUUCAAUUUGCGUUGUCUUCGGCCACAAACGCACCUGCGAUUGAACAACAGCAGCAACAGCAACAGCAACAGCAACAAUUUCAAGAACAAACUCCACCUCCAGUACACGAGCAUUCCUCUUCACCGUCAACUUCACAGUUGACCACUUCCGAAGCACAAUUCGCCGAUUUACACAAUCGGCUAAAUCAACUUUCAAAAUCCAUACAAAACAUGUUCACAGAAAUCAACCGGCACACAGCGGCCGAGGAAGCGCGGUAUAAGGAGAUCCUGUCGAAGCUUCCUAACACAGCGCUGGUCAAUGGCUUGGACUCGAAAAUGGCCAAUCUCGAUCGGAUAGUGUCGAAUUUAGAGCGCGAGCUCAAAUCCUCUGACCACUCGACCCAAUUCCGCAAGCUCAGCGAACAGAUCACCAAAACCCAUGUGGGAGUGACUGAGCAUGUGCCUGAGCGACUUCGGGAAUACGUGCAGGCCCAUACGCCACGCAUUGGAUUUAUUCUCUAUAGCUUUAUGGGGUUCCAGACAUGUUGUAUAGGAGCAUUUGUCUGGUACAAGUGGCGGAAGAGUACGAUGCCAAAGAAAUAUCUGUGA